AUGGACAACUUUGAAAAGCAUUGUCAGCCGAAGAAGAACGUGAUGUAUGAAUGCUACAAAUUUUUAAGCUGCAACCAGAAGGAAGGUCAAUCAAUGGGUACUUUCAUCACGGAACUGAAGACAAAGGCGAAGAAUUGCGAGUACGAAUCUGAAGAGGAAAUGGUACUUGACAAGAUAGUUAUGAGUAUACGAGAUAAAAGUGUUCGAGAACGCCUUCUGCAAACCAAGGUCUUGUCCUUGAGAAAAGCAAUUGAUGUAUGCCAAAUAGCUGAAGUUAGCAGACAUCAAAUAGAUGAGAUGGCAAUGAAGAUGGACAGCAGAAGCAUCAGGGAGGAUAAUAUCAACGUGUCCAAGUCUAAGAUAAGUACUUCAAACAUUGUAAGAAGAAAAAUGAAUGAUGUUAAUACUCCUUAUAAUUGUGAAAAGUGUAAUACUAAACAUAAUGCAGGUCAAUGUCCAGCGUUUGGAAAAUAA